AUGAAGCCACCGCGUGACGAGAACAAUGCUGGUCUUGUCGUGCACGAUCUCACCGAGAUGAAAGUGCAGCGUGGCAUGAAGACGAUCAUCGCGACCGAGUCGCGCGAUGCCGCGAUCCGCGAGUGUCGUCGCAAGGUCGAGAAGAUCUCGCGCGAGUGCCGCAUGGACAACGUCAAGUACCGGGACCCGCACUUCGACCUCGCGAAUAUGCCCAAUUUCUGUCUCAAUGGGCUGAGGCAGCGCCACGAGGGCGGCGCGGGGAAGCCGGCUGCAGCGAAACGCGUCGGCGAUCUCUACGAUGAGCCGCUUUUCAUCGUCGAUGGCAUCCGCGCCGAUGAUAUCAAGCAGGGCGGCGCGGGCGAUUGCUGGUUCCUCGCGGCGGUCGCGACGAUCGCGAACAUGCCCAAGCUGCUCGAGUCGAUCUGUGUCGCGCGCGACGAGCGAGUCGGGGUCUACGGGUUCAUCUUCUUCCGCGACGGCGAGUGGAUCUCCGAGGUCAUCGACGACCAGCUCUUCGUGACGCACCCAGACUACGCCGACGCCGACGCUGGCAUGAAGCGCGUGUUCCCGACCGAGAAGGACUACGUUCAAGCUGUCCAGCGCGGCUCGAACGCACUCCACUUCGCAAAAUGCGUCGAUUCGAACGAGACCUGGCUCCCCCUGCUCGAGAAGGCGUACGCCAAGGCGCAUGGCGAUUACUCCUCCAUCGAGGGCGGGUUCACGGGCGAAGGGGUCGAGGAUUUGACCGGUGGCGUCACGUCCGAGAUCAUCACGCGCGAUAUCCUGGAUAAAGACCGGUUCUGGACGGACGAACUAACGAAAGUGAACAAGGAACUGCUUUUCGCGUGCGCGAUCUCUGGCGUAAACGCGGUCUCCGUGAACGGGAUCUUCACAAACCACGCCUACUCUGUGCUCCAGGCCGUCGAGAUCAAGGGGACGCGUCUCGUGCACGUGCGCAACCCGUGGGGCGAGUCCGAGUGGACGGGCCUAUGGGCCGACGGCUCGCCCGAGUGGACGGCCGAGUGGAUGACCGCGCUGAACCAUCGGUUCGGGGACGAUGGCGCGUUCUGGAUGAGCUAUGACGAUUUCCUCGCCACGUUCACGGAGCUCGAUCGCACGCGGAUCUUCACGCCCGAGUGGACCAUGGCGCAGGCCUGGACCCACGUCGAAGCGCUCUGGCCGGCCAAGUUUGCGGAGCAGGAAUUCCAGCUCACACUGAGCAAGCGCUCGCCGGUCGUGAUCGUGCUGCAGCAAGUGGAUGCGCGGUAUUUCACGGGGCUUGAAGGGAAAUACGACUUUCGGCUGCAUUUCCGCGUGCGUCGCGAGGGCGAGAGCGAUUACUAUGCGCGCUCGAAGCAGACACUGACGAUGAACCGGUCGGUGAGUAAGGAGUUGUUCCUGGAGGCCGGCACGUGGCGCGUGAGUGUCAAGGUCUCCCGCGUGCCGACUGAUCGGGCGACGCGGCAGGACUAUGUGAAGGCAUUCGUGAACGCGCAGUCGGCGAAAUUCCUCACGGUCGCGGGAAAUUUCGUUCACGCGCUUUCCAAGGCCGUGGAUUCGACGCAGUGGGACGAGACUGAAGAGGAGGAGGUGGAGGAGGCUGUGGUGGGGGAGGAGGAGCCCGAGACGAAGCAGCAGGUGGGUGAAGAGGAGGGAGCAGAGGAGGAGGAGGAAGAAGAGGAGGACGACGACGCGGUGGAUGCGGUGACAGCGGUUGGUGUGCGUGUGUACGCCGCGGACCCGGAGCUCAAGGUCGAGUGUGCGCCCAUGGAGGAGGACGUGGUGCUGGGCUUGGACCCGGAUGACACCCAGCCAGGGCUGGGUGCAGGUCGUGUGAGAGGAGUUGAUGUGCUACAGACAAGAAAUGCUGGUCAAGCAGCAGUGAAUGCAAGAGGAGGGGCAGUGGGUGUGGGUCAAGGCAGAGCGGAUGUGGGAGCAGGGGGGGAGGGGUUCGGAGGGAAGCAGCGAUCGUGGGGCUGCCAUUGGUGGAGCGGUGCUGUGGCGAGGGGAAAGGGAGAGGACAGCAGGCAGGGAGAGGAGCAGCAAGGGGAGCAAGGUGGGGAACAGGGAGGGGAACAGGGAGGGGAGGCGAGAGGGGAGCAGGGAGGGGAGGCGAGAGAGGGCCAGGGAGGGCGGCAGGUAGGGGAUGAGUGUGCCGGGGGGCAGGGGCAGCGGAGGGGGGGUGUUCACGCUGUCGCACCGCUGUGUGGCGGACGGGCCGGCAGGGCGGUAAGGAGGUGGCAGGAAGGGUGA